AUGAUCUGUGUGGCUAUCCAGAAACAGCACGAGGCUAAACAGGUGGUCUUUGCUGGUUAUUUUAUUUUUACCUCUGACACUACUAGUAGUACUACUACUUCUACUACUAUCUUUUACUACUAUUUUCUCCUACAACAUUGUGUUAUUUCUGUUAUAUCUCUUCGUUUUUCUUUUAUUUCUUUUAGUUCUAAUCCUUCCUCUUCUUCUCCUUCACCUUUUUCUUCUUAUUCGUUUUUUUCUAUUCUUCCUUUUCUAUUCAGCCUCCUCCAGGGGCAGAUAACCCUCCUCCUCCAUCUACUUCUUUUUCUUCUAAUCCUCCUUCUUUUUCUUCUUUUUUCAAUCCUCCCCCUCCUCCUCCUUCACGAAUCCAUUUUCUUUUACUUCUUCUUCCCAAAUUCACCUCCUUAUUUCUCCUAUAAUCUCUCACACUUAUAUCAUCUCCACCUUGUCUCCUUCAUAUUUAAAGUCUUUUCAUCCUUUAAUUCUUUCUUCUUUCCAGCUCUCUUCAUCUUUUUCUUUACCUCUUUCUUUUUCUUUUGCUCCUCCUCCUCCUCCUUCUUCUUCUUCUUCUUCUUCUUCUUCUUCUUCUUCUUCUUCUUCUUCUUCUUCAAAUCCUCUUCGUUCUUCUCCUCAUUCGGAUGUUUUCAAUUAAUUUACACAAGUAUGUAUUUGCCCCAUGGUAUUCUCAGUAUCCUUAUGUAG